AUGCAAGCUAAGUAUCGUGUGCAAGCUAUCUAUCAUUUGCGAAUGGACAGCAAGGCCUCGGAUGGAGGCGGCGUGGUGCUCUUGGAGAUGCCGGAAGACGUGUUAAUCGGUUUGGAUUUUACUGUAUGGAAGCCUGAUGAUGUGGACUGUUUCUGCAUCAGCGGGAUCUUAAACGGUCCCCAUUUCUUGUCUUGGGAACGGCCCGAGAAAGGACUGAAGGAGGGUGAGAUGUUGUGGCUCCGAAGGCGCCAAGUGGUUGUGUACAAGUGGGACCGUGGGCUAGAGUUGUUUCUGAGAGUCAACGAUGAAGACGAGGUAGCAAGAUAUCAGAGUGGCCAUGACGACUUGAGCCUGCUGCGGAAGGCCGUCAUAUACACAUCCCCUACAGAGCGAACUUGGCACGCACUGACGUAUGCAAUCGUGCCGCCUAUUAUCCGGCUGGUGCAGUCAGAGCGACUUUUGCAGCACAAAAGACUCCGAGAAUACGAUACCAGACCCGCUGACCAGCACCAGCCCCACGGUCAGGGAUCUCAACCGGUGAAGAACCCCGUCGUCGGGAGCGACGAGAACGAUGAUACUGACGGAGAAGACGAGUUUCCUUACUCUGAGAAUAGGGCCAAGACUGGUAGCGCUCCAGAGUCUUGCGAUGAACGCCUAGUGGGCCUACUGGCCCAAGGCGAGCUUGAUUGGACGAACGUGCCCCCGAAGGAUGUCAAACAAGCCAGUGACCCCCGGCUGGUGUCUCAGUCGGCGCUCAACUCGUCCGGCCGAGUUGCGACCUGGAUCGACUGGUGCUAUAGUCGCGCCAAGGAAGCUAAAAUGCAUCCAGUGGACAUUCACACCUGGGAAAUGGUUGCUGAUACCUGUCAGCUGUCUCCGUCACAGACCCUCUGGCUAGGGGAACUGCAGCUAGCAUACAUCACCUUCCUCCUUGGGGCGAAUCUCGGGGCAUUUGAACACAUGAAACAGUACUAUCUCAUCUGCCCCUUCGCAGACGAUCUCUUCCAGAGCCGUCUAGGAUACCACUGGAUGCUCAAUCUCACCCUGCAACUGCAGCAGACGCCAGACGACUUCGUCAAGGCGGAUAUCACCAAGGGGAACUUCAUGAUUGCCGCAGCACUCGAAAGCAUCGAAUUCGCUAACGAACUGGAACAGGCUCCAGGGGAUGUGAAAAGCCAGACGCAGGCCCUCGGAGAUAUGGUCACGAAAAAGUUUGGAAUGUCAAUUCUCGAGCUCACCGAACUCCAAGCGGAUCGAAUAACAGUCACUGAUGAAUAA